CUCUAAGGAAACAGCCAGUUUGAGGAAGCUGCGAGUGAGCUGUCGAUUAGAGGCUCACAUUGCAUCAUUGUCAUCCUCCUCAUCAUCAUCGCCAUGUCAACAGAUCCCGGUACAUCAACAAUCAUGGACGUGGACGUGGCUUUUCUCAAAUCCACGAGGGCCAUGCUGAAAGCAGCAGAGAUGACGUCUCUGUUUGUGGCCUUUGUGUGUUUCACCGUCGCCUCCAGUCCAAGGCUCAUCACAGCGACGGUGUUGGAGUUUCUCGUCACGUUGUUGCUGUACCUGCUGUACCUGCUCAAACUCAACAAGAGGCUGACGUUCUUCUUUUGGCCUUUCGUGGACAUGUUUAAUUCAGUCUUCGCUGCGGUUUACCUGACUGUGCUGAGCCUGAUGGCGUUGACCACGUACACAGUUACAGGCACACUGGCCGGAGGGAUCGUUGGUUUCAUGGCGGUUGUUCUCUUCUGUGCCGACACCUAUCUGCUCUUCACCAAGAUCACUUUCAACAAUCCAAGACAUGCAACACAGGGCAAUCAAUGAAUGAAUGAAUGAACCCUUCACAGACCCUGAAUAAAGGCUACAGUUUAUGUGAAUUUAUAUAUAAAUAUAGCACAAAAAGUAAGAAAAUGUGUGUUUGCUGGAUUAUUUCUUUGUUGUAACAUUGUUUCUUGGCAGUAAAUCUUAUUGGAUUGGAUGAUUGAAGUGUGAAGAAACAAAACAUAUUUGCAAUCUAACAAUUUAUUAAUUCAACAAAUAGGGGCCUCAGUAGCAUGUGGAAGGACCAUACACAGCCACAACAUCACCUCCUCCUCAUGGUGUAAGAUUUAUUGCCAAGAAACAACACAUUUCCUUACUUUUUGUGCUAAGUUUAUACACAGAAACCACUUUUUUUCAGUCUGAAUUAUCAACACGUACCCGGGCCAAUGGUUAACCUCACUUAUAAAACUCUCGUCACCAAAACAUGCCGUACGUGUCUGAAAAUAGACUCGGUCGACCACAACACUGCAGCUGUUCUACUUUAACCUGCCGCUCGCUGAUGUACACAAACAGCUUCAUUCUGUAGCAGUCGCCUUGUGCAUGUUUGGUAACGAGAGUAGACUUUCACUUUCAUCACGUACUAUCUUCUGCUUUUGUAUGUGUAUUUCAAUAUAGUUAUUUUAGACGCAUAUGAUUUCCCCUCAUCCUAUUUCUAAUGUUUUGGGUUUGUUUGUUUUUAUGUUGUGUCAGCAUCUGUAAUACAUAGUGUUUUUCAGAUCCAUUUUAAUAAAUCAUGACAUUUAAUGCA